AUGGAGUGUGUUCAAACGUUUAAUUAUACUGUGUUGAUAAAUGGAGAACCUAGUGAACCCUUCAAUGCUACAAGAGGUCUUCGACAAGGGGACCUAAUAUCUCCAUUCAUGUUUGCAAUAGCUAUGGAGUACUUAAGCAGGAAGCUCAAUGAGCUGAAAGAUAAUAAAACUUUUCAGUUCCACCCAAGAUGUGCAAAGCUAGGAAUCACACACCUUAGCUUUGCAGAUGACCUGCUCCUUUUUGUCAAAGGAAACUUAUCCUCUAUUACUGCUCUACACAAGAGCUUUGUUUGGUCCGGAAGCAACACAAUCACGAAAAAAGCUUUAUUAGCCCAGGAUAAGGUGCCUUGGAAGUGUCUCAUGUUUAGAAAUGAUGCUAGGCCUAAUUACGCUAAAUUUACCAUGUGGCUGGAACUACAAGGAAGAUUAUCAACAACUGAUAAACUAGUGGCAUGGAUUACAGCAGUGGCUGCAAAGAAAGGAGAAGGUUACACAAACCUGGGAACAUCACCUAGCUUGGGCUAUCCAAAGUGCCAGAGGUAA